AUGUCUUCUCUUGCCUUGAUCAGCUCUGUUCCUGCUUUCAUCUCUCGCGAAGAGCACGCUGCUAUUGUCUCAAAAACACCAGAAUCCUUUGCCGAUAUCUCCCCCGUACUCUGUCACAAGGAGGAGAAUGUUCGAGUGACGCUUGAUCCGCCAUUGGAAGGAUUUUCGACAGAGGAUGCAGGAACACUCUACGUUUUAGAAAGCGUCCUUGUUUUCGUGUCGACCGCUGGUUCAGGAUUCCAGAUUGAAUAUCCCGCCAUCACUCUCCAUGCAGUCUCACGAAGUGAUGCAGGCCCUUCAAUAUACUGCCAACUCGAGGGGCAGGGCGGAGACCCAUCUGACGAUGAGGUCGAAAACAUGCGCGAACUGAGUAUUCUGCCGCAAACCGCCGACUCUCUUGAGCCGAUAUUCGACGCGCUUUCGCGCUGUGCCGCCCUGCACCCUGACCCCCACAUGUCAGAUGACGAGGACGACGCGAUUGUGGACAGCGAUCACGGCUUCCAGGUCUUCACUGGCGAUGAGGAACAAGAACUGAGCCAAGUUGGGAGGGCGGCCCUUGAGUAUCUUGAGUCAAUUAUCGUAUACCCCGAGACCAAUGGCGCACGCCGGCCUAGCCGGACCGAGUGCCGCUUCUUGACCCUUGAUUUACUCUUCCCCCUCACCAGCGCGUGCGCACGAAUACGCUCCUCCUUUGGGUGCCUGUGA